UUAUUAUAUUUGGCCUAUUAGGGAUAGUUGCGAUUAUAUUUUGGGUUUUUUUUGACAUAUAUCUCUCGGAUAGUAUAGCGUAGUUAACUGUAAUAACUGUAAUAUUUUUGUUAUUGAAUUGUUUCAGCAACAAAUAAAGAAUAAAGAAAUCGAUCAUGGAUUCGAUCACUAUACAAGAGAUUGCUGGCGAUCAUCUCCAAUUGUAUGAAAAAUUUUAUAAUCAGAUAAAUCCAAUCAAUUCUGAUAUUAUUAAAGCAAUGGAUGCAGCAAAUUUUCUACGUAAAUCGGGUCUUAAUCAAAUGACAUUGAAAAUUAUAUGGGAUUUAAGCGAUCCAAAUGGUCUUGGUUAUCUUGAUAAGAAAUCAUUUUUUGUUUCACUCAAAUUGAUUGCCAUGGUUCAAAAUGGUCGUGAACCAAAUUAUUCUGAUCUGAAAGCUACGUUACCACCGCCUAGAAUUAAUGAUGAUUAUUUUAAAUCGAUUGAUUGGAAUAUAUCACCGGAAAAUGCUCAAAAAUUUGCCACCGUAUUCAAUUCGAUGGGUCCCGUUGAAGGAAAAUUAGCCGGUACAAAAGUCAAACCAUAUUUAAUGAGUUCUAAAUUACCGGUAGAAACAUUGACAAAAAUCUGGGAUCUAAGCGAUAUAGAUCAAGAUGGAUUUCUAAAUCUAAAAGAAUUUAUUGUUUGUUGUCAAUUGAUAGCACGAGCCAGUCAAGGUUUCAUAUUACCAGCCGUAUUACCAAAUGAAUUAUUAAACUUUAAUCCUGCUGAUCCAUCUGUUCGUUCUUUUUCUCGAACAUCAUCAAUAUCAUCACAAUCAUGUGUAUCGCCACAUUUGAAUCUAAGUGAAACAACAAAAUCAGCUCCAUCAAAUCAAUGGAUCGUAACCAAUGAAGAAAAAAUUAAAUCUGAUGAAUUAUUUAUCAAAUUAGAUAAAGAUAAUGAUGGUUUUGUUUCUGGCUUAGAUGUUAAAGAUACAUUGCUUGAAAGCGGUCUUCCACAACCGGUACUCGCUCAUAUCUGGAAUUUAUGCGAUAUGAAAGAGACCGGAAAAUUGAAUGCCGAACAAUUUGCAUUGGCUCGGUAUUUCAUCCAGCAUAAACAAAAUGGCCAAGAACUACCUGCAAAACUAUUGCCGAAUAUGAUACCACCGACUCUCAGGCCUAAACCUUUGGAAUCUUUAAGCAACGAAAAUAUCAACGGUUCAAUGAAUUUAUUACAGCAACAACAACAGCAAUCGGGAACAUCUCCUACAUCGACUGGAAAUCGUGAAUUGGAUCUAUUACAAGAAGAUAUCAAAAAGAUUCAGUUAGAGAAAACUAAGUAUGAAUCGGAAGUAAUUGCAGAAGAGCAAUCACUAAGAUUAAAACAAAGCGAAAUAAAAUCAAUACAAAAUGAAAUCGAAGCUUUGUCACAAAUGUUGAAACAAUUAGAAAAUCAAAAGAAUGAUGCCAAAAAACGUAUCGAUGAUCUCAAUACACAGCUAAAAUGUUUAGAAAAUAAUUUGCAUGAUAUUUCAGUUAAAGUUGAGAAUCUUGAUAAACAAUAUUUAGAACAAAAAAAGAAUAUCGAUGAUCAAGAAUCGGAUUUAAAUGUGAAAAAACGAGAAUUUGAACAAUUAAAAACUGAAGAAACGUUAUUGGAAACAAAAAUUGAAGCAGCCAAAAAAGAAUUAGAGCGAACAACAAAAUUAGCGGCCGAUACACAGCUAGAAAUUAGCCAAAUCAAAGCAAACACUAUAGAAUUAGAUGAAUAUGAACGGCGUUUUAAUGAAACAAUGUACGAUUAUGAUAAUGCUAUUUCAAAUGCUGAUUACGCCAACAUAACAUCAUUGUUGUCAAGAUCAAUUACUCCUCCUGUGUUACUGACCGAAGAACAACAUGGACAAGCUUCAGAUUCAACUUUAGACGAUGAUCACUUUAAAGCCGAAUUCAAUUCGGAUCCAUUUGCCGGUGAAGAUCCAUUCAAAGAUGACCCAUUUGGUUCCAACAAAACUGCUAAUGAUGCAUUUGGUUCGGAUAAUUUUGCGAAUUUCGAUGCAUUUGGCACAAGCAAUACUUCUAGCAAUAAGGGCGAUCCAUUCGGAUUUUCACCAUUCGAUUCGAAUCAAUCAGCCACCGACCAAUUUCGAUCGGAAAGUCCAACACCAGCAUUGCCGCCGAAAAAAAGUAAAGCGCCACCGCCAAGACCAGCACCUCCCAGUAAAUCUUCGGCUGCCAAUAAAACUCCAUUGCGAGCAGCACCACUUCCGCCAUCAGCAUCAUCAUCAAAAGAUAAACCAGAAAGACCACCACCAUUGUAUGCAAAUGCAUCAUCCAAUUUUGAUCCAUUCAAUGAUCAGAAUCGUGAUCCUUUUGGAUCAGAUUCGGGUUUUUCAUCCUCUAAUACGCAAAAUUUUGCAAAUUUUGCUGAUUUUGAUAAAGCACAGUGAUUCAUUUCGAAAACAAAAAUUCUGGUCAUUCUUAUCACUAUGUUUGUUGCUGUGUUCUCAAUUCCUAGCAUUGAUUACGAGCGUUUUUUUCCACACACACACACACACACAUACAUUUGCGUUUUUUCCAUUUUGAUUCCGUGAUUUUAAUUCUAUUAUUAGUCAUUUCAUUAUUAUUAUUAUCAUUCCAAUUUUUAUUUGUAAAAUUAAUUUCAUUUAAAUGAAGUUUUUUUUUCAAUUAUCAUCAUCAUAGCACUUACACACAAUCUUAAUAUGCCGAGAAUAUACGAGUAUUGCCUUAAUUUUAUUCUGUGUUUUUUUUUCUUUUCGCUUCUUUAUUUGUUCAUUUAUUGUUGAAAUCUUCUUGUUAUAAUAAUAAUUGUUUUGUAAAUAAGUAUCAAUCAUUCACAUACAAUGCACUU